UGGACUUUGCCAAGUUUUUGUUCUACGGGAAAGUACAAUUCCUCUCUGUCUCUCUCUCUCUAAAGUCGGGGCUCGAGAACAGUGCCUUUCUUUUCUGGAUAUCCGAAAGCUGAAGCUAAGAAUCUCUUCAUAGUUCGAUUUUUUCGUGUUAAAACGACGACGGUUUUUCAAAAUUCGGAGAGGUUAUGGCGGAAUCGUCGUCUUCUUCGUCGCCUACUGAAGAGAUUGUUCGAAUGAUCAAGCGAUUAAGCGCUUACGUUGCUUUCAAGAUGUCUAGCCUCUUCUCUACAUCAAUUCGGAAUCUGGAUUCACGAUCGAUUGGUGCUAUUGCGGGGCUUGCAAUUGCUGUGAUUUUCACAUGGAGGGCGAUAAGAACGCCACGGGAACGUCAGAGAAGGCAGCCAAAACGCAGGACGCAGCAGUCAGGUGAAACCUCUAGUGCUGCUGCUGCUCAGUCAAAUCUAACUUCGAAUCCUCCCGACGUUUCUUCGCCGCAUGAUGUUACCGGAGUGCAAGAUGUCGUUGAUCAGUUUUUUCAGCCUGUAAAACCUACAUUGGGUCAAAUAGUUAGGCAGAAGCUUAGUGAAGGAAGGAAGGUAACAUGCCGUCUUCUUGGAGUCAUUCUUGAGGAAUCAAGUCCAGAAGAACUUCAAAAACAAGUAACCGUGAGGUCAUCCGUUCUGCAAGUUCUCCUAGAGAUUACAAAGUAUUGUGAUUUAUACCUCAUGGAAAGAGUUCUUGACGAUGAAAGCGAAGCCAAGGUUCUAGAGGCUUUAGAGAACGCAGGAGUUUUCACAUCUGGGGGUUUGCUCAAAGAUAAGGUCCUCUUUUGUAGUACGGAGAUUGGAAGAACUUCCUUUGUCAGACAACUAGAACCUGACUGGCAUAUCGAUACAAACCCGGAAAUCACCACACAACUAGCUAGGUUCAUCAAAUAUCAGCUUCAUGUCUCUGCUGCGAAACCCGAGCGGACGGCUCCAAACGUGUUCACCUCGCAGUCAAUAGAACAAUUCUUUGGGUGUGCUUGAUGCCAACAACAAAGAAAAGAGAGGUGAAAGAUAACGUGAAAACCAUAAACUCAUAAUUUCAGUUUCUGACACAAGAAGAAGCGUAAAUGGUCUCGUUUCAUCAUCGAGCAACUCUCACAGGCCGCUAAGCUAGAAAACUUCUUCUUCCUUUUUAUUGUCUUGAUGUUUUAAAGUUUGAUGUUUUUGGAGUUAGAUGAUUACGGAGAGAUCCUUGGUGAAAGUAUCAAAAUUGUGUAAUUUUUGUAUUAGCAGUGUCUUAAGGAAAGAACCAAAAGUCCGUUAAUUAUGUCUGCAUCUCUUCUUGCAGGCUUCUAUUAUCAGUGGGAUAUUUGUAAUGUGAAGUUAUAAAUUCGUUUCACUUCUGUUUAACUGAUGCAA